AUGUGGAACUCUCUCUGCUUUCUUGCGUGUCUGGUCAUCACUGUUGUCGGUGUUUCGUCUUUCGAUACGUGCCCUGAGAAUAAUCGUCAAUACAGCAUCGUACCCGGCGGCGUGAGGUAUGGGUACAUUGGCAGUCCGACCGUUGUGCCUUGCAGAGACGCGUCACUUAAGGUGCUGGUCCCGCCCGCCCCGCCGAGCCUCCUUAUACCGGUGGAUGGGUGGAAGUACAUCUUUGGCACAGUGGUUGAUGCCCCACUGCCUACAAUGGUGGAAUUCGAACUCAGUGCCCGCUGCGAUGGUGUCGAGCUUUGCCGCGCGAAGCUUCGCUAUGAGGUUAAUCCAAACGCGUCGGAGGAUGAUGGUUUAACGCCGGAAUUUCCCUCGACGGAGACAACCACAACCACGGUACCACCGAAAUUUCCGCCGUGCGCUGCGUCUUGGGGGGAAUACCAACUGCGGAUGUCACCAAAUAGAACGAAUAUUGCAACGCUACCGAUAAGCGCCAUACAAAUGGCCUGCCCUGCUGGAUUUCGGGCGGUAAUCGUUCAGCCCGAAAUUGGCUCCGCCGCGGUACUGAGCCCGAAUUCCUUACAAUUUGUCUACGCCUCUCAGAAGGACGAAAUUGAGGCUAAUAUUACGCUCCCCUAUGAAGUGAUGUGUGACAGGAAUGUGAUUUGUGCAGGAGUGAUGCGAAUUUGGUUGCAUAAAACAGUUCCCCAGUGCCCCAAAAAUCGCCUAGUGUACGACGUAAAACCAGGUGCACAACUGAAUGCGACUCUCGCCACCUGUGCCUCGUGUGAUGGCGUGCUGCGUGCACAUCUUCAAACGCAGGGUUUGGAAGAUACCUUCAAGUUUCAUGAUGGGGGGGCAUCCUUCGUAUUUAAUGCGCCCAAUAAGGAAGGAGAUGUGGUUGUAGACGCCCGUUUGUAUUGUGGGAAUGAGGCUCUCUGUGAUGUGAAGUUUGCUAUUGUCGUCACAAAUCAAUCACGACCGAGCUCUACAGAGGCUCCAUCUCCGAUUCCCACGCCGGCUCCAACUACUGCUCCUGUUGUCAUGUGUAAAGAGCAGUUUAAUUUUAUUGUACCAGUAGCAACUGAGCUGCGAGGUAAAUUACACGUAGAUAUAGUUGGAUGUAGCUUUGUGACGUAUCGUCAGCCUCCUUAUCAUUCCCGUGGGAAUCUUGAAGUAAAUAUUAUCGGUGAAUUUAUGUACUCAGCUCCAGCGGAAGAAGGUAUUGAUAUGUUUCCUAUUGAUGUUUUAUGCACAAAGGACUUUAAGUGUCGUACGUACACUGUGUUUACUUCAUACAUUGAUUUGACGCCUACGCAGGCUCCCACCACUCCGCCAAUCACAACAACCGCGCCUGUCCCGGUGUGUGCUAACGUAUACUAUUACCGCACGGUACCUGGUGUUGCCCUCAGUGACUCCCUAAACGGCAUGCCAGGGCAGGAUCCAUGUGCAUACGGUCGUUAUUUUUCCAUGAUUGAUUCACCUGAGGCGGGAAAGCUGGAACUAACUCCUAUUGGUGACUUUCUUUAUCGCCCUGAAAGACAACAAGGGAACUAUCAGUUUUCCUUCAGCAUGUAUUGUCUCAAUACACUGUUUUGUCGGGGUAAUGCCUACAUCCUGGUAAGCAAUGAAUGGACAUUACCGCCCGGCAGUGGUGAGAAUGUGACUUCGGCACCACCAAACCCGAGUGUGGUGAAAAAUAAACAGAUUAAAUGCCGGGGGACCUGCAAUGAAAAGGCGUGGAAAACGUAUCCAAAACCGGCGUUGUGGGAUAAUACACCUGGUGUUGGAUACGCACGGCGUGACGGCCGUGCUGUUGAUGGGAUUGAGUUGGCCUGGGUAAAAAACUCUAUCGUUAUUACUGUGUACACAAUCAUUGGCAACCUUGGAGUGCGUUUUCCAACUUUUGAACCGCUUAAUCGCACGGUAGGAAAGUACUUUGAACCGAAUGACUUUGAGGGGGUUGUAGCGCCAACAUCGCCAGGUUUUGAGCUGAGCUGCUUGGGCAAUCAAGGUUCUCUUGGCAUGGGCGAAGAUGUGUGGCGGUGGAAAACACUUAGAAAUGGGACUGGUACUGGAUCUGUUGGGGCAUUAUACAAUAAGGGUACCUCAUGGUAUCAGAAGUUUGGUGGCAAGCACAUUGGAUGUGACACUUUUGUUGAUUCAUGCCGUUAUGCUCCUCUGCUCACUCCUGCUGUACCUAACUCCACUGCUCCAGUGGGUCGGUGGGAGAUUGAGAUUGAUGACUGUGACGCCACCUGGACGGGGACUUUCCCAUACGCCACCCUGGGGAAGCUAACGAAGUCAGACGGCAGUCCGGUUUGGUACUUUGUGGGGAACAAGCAGGUGAAGGGCACGAUCAUCUCUGAGGGGGUCCGCCCAAAUUCCUGGAUUGAGCCCGCACGAGGAUUUGAAGCUCAGUACAAGGCCUACGAUGUUGUUUUUGACCUUCAACAGUUUAUUGUGGUAAAAAAGCUAACACCGGCAACACCCUUUUCGAUUGAUGCUGUUUUUUUUGAGUACACUGAGAACGGUGAUCGUGCCUUUGGGGUAAAUCUACUACUGUACCCCCAUGUGACAGAAGACAUGGAAACAAGUUAUGCAGAAGAUCGUCACGUCGCUGGAUUUAAGUGGAUUACGCAAGAUUGGAUUGCUCCAAGCGCAGGACAGUGUACUACGUGUAAAGGAAAUAGAUCUCAUUGUGAAGUUGGGGAAAAUUAUGACACGGCUACCUAUACAGGCGAGUUUCCAGUGGGGGAUUGCCCACCUGGGAUAGGCCUUGUUGAACUGCGCAAGGGCCCCGCUAUGGACGGCACAGUGUGUCCUUAUAACCGGAUGCAUGUUUUUAAUCGUUCUGGAUUUUCAUUGCCCACGGGUUGUGCGACAUGGUAUCAGAACCUUACGAUUCGGGGUGUCUCCCUUGGUAGUGGGGCUCUCUCUGAGGCAUUGCAGCGGACUUUCAGCUAUGAGGGGCGUGUGGUAUUGCAGCUGUUGAUGACAGACGGAACGAAACAUGACGUGGCCAUGGAUCUCUCCAUGUAUGUCACCCGUUUGUUGCAGGACUCGUACGCUGCAGCAGGCCGUUUGGGCGUAUGUCGGGGUUCGGACUACUGGCCUGUGUUGGACCCGCUUGGUGUGUCCCUUCCUGACAAGCCGUUUGAGCUAAGUGCGGUCGCCCCUGGUCCACUCUGUAUUGACACACUUAGCUCGACUUUCGGUCCAAGCGGGUGGGCUACCGUAUUUCUGCAACUUCCAGGCGUCUCAACUUGUCAGGUCAACGUGCGCUCCAUAGUCUUGAAGUACAAAAACACUAGUGUGUUCCUGCACUAUCAAGACCCUCGCACGGGUGACACGGUGAUUCCGCCAAGAACUGUGGGCUACUGGUGGAAGCAUACCCAUCCCUUUUUGAGUUUCCGCCAAUUAAUUGACAAAGUAACGAAUGAGACCUUAACGAUUGGUCCCGGAGUAAGUCCCUUGGAGGUGACGGAGGUUCCCUUCGCUUUUGCGUUUAUUCCAGGUUCCAUUAACAUCGCCACAGAUAUGGAGAUUUUUAUGACAGUCACCAUCAGCACAGAUGCUGUGCGUACAAGUACCUUUUGUCGCACCAUACACGUGGACCCUAUGAUGACGCAACGGAGCCGCUACGGCCCGCCAAAGAAGGAAGGCACAGAAGAACGAAAUGCAAUUAGGGAAAACGCUCUGAAGGUGGGUGCCCUCGCGGCGCUGUCGAUUGCAGUAACCGUCACGGGUGUGGUGUACAUGACGAUGGACAACAAUAGGCCGCUGCCAAAGUGGGUGCCGCGAGGCAAGCUUAUAAAGAACACGGUGCUUGCGGCUGUCCCGGCCGGACUUCGACCCGCGAAGAGAGGAAAGAAAAUUGUACACAAGGACAUGUACGACGCCAUGAAGUCAGGCAGGUACUGA